AUGCUGGAAUUACUGGCAAGAGACGACGCAGUCGUAUGUGAAAUUUCCAACGAUUACAACGGUCAUAGUGGACUUCGAAUACUAGCUGUAUUCAUAAUUCUAAUAUCAUCAGGACUCGGGGUUUACUUCCCUAUAUUAUCAUCUCGCUAUUCAUUCAUCAGAUUACCAAGUUGGUGUUUCUUUCUCGCGAAAUUCUUCGGAUCUGGUGUCAUUGUUUCCACUGCCUUCAUACAUCUGUUAGAUCCUGCUGCUGAAGCCUUGGGUAAUGAAUGUCUAGGUGGGACGUUCGUGGAAUACCCUUGGGCGUUUGGGAUCUGUCUGAUGUCAUUGUUCCUUUUAUUCUUCGUGGAGAUCGUUACUCAUUAUUUUGUUGCCAAGAGUUUCGGUGAUGAACAUCAUGAUCAUGGUAAUAAUAUCAAUUCUGUUCAUGAUGAUGACGCUGAUAGCAGCGAUGAGAGUAUAACUAGCUAUACAGAAGAUCAUCCGGUGAUUUUACCUAGGCGUUCUCAUAAUGAUAUAGAAAAUCAAUUUCAGAAAUCAAAUUGUAAAUUGGCCCAAUCAGCUCAAAACCCCGAUGACGACGAUGAUGAUGAGGAGGAGGAAGAUGACAAGUUAAAAGAGGAAAAAGAACGAGAAGCAUUGCAAGAUAGACAAAACAUUAGUGGUAAUAACAAAAAUAAUGAUAAUAUGACCCGUUUCAACUCUAUACCGGGGAAAGAUCAUUUUUCUCAUGAUACAGAUCAUCAAGAUCAAACUCAAUUAGGUACCCCAAUUGAAGAAGAAGAUAAAGAACAAUAUUUAAAUCAAAUGUUUGCCGUGUUCAUCUUGGAAUUCGGUAUUAUUUUCCACUCUGUCUUUGUGGGGCUUUCCUUAUCCGUCUCAGGUGAAGAAUUUGAAACAUUAUUCAUCGUCUUAACUUUCCAUCAGAUGUUUGAAGGACUGGGGUUAGGAACAAGAGUUGCAGAAACAAAUUGGCCAUCAAAUAGAAGGUAUACUCCAUGGUUAAUGGGAUUAGCAUUCACAAUAACGUCCCCAAUUGCAGUGGCUAUUGGGAUUGGUGUGAGACAUUCAUGGAUCCCAGGUUCCAGAAAGGCAUUGAUUGCUAACGGGGUUUUUGAUUCAAUUUCUUCAGGUAUCUUGAUAUAUACUGGAUUAGUAGAAUUAAUGGCUCAUGAGUUUUUAUAUUCUAAUCAAUUCAAAGGUCCCGAUGGCUUCAAGAAAAUGCUGGCGGCAUAUUUUAUCAUGUGUUUAGGUGCCGGUUUAAUGGCCCUUCUAGGUAAAUGGGCAUAG